AUGUUUGCUCUUUUAAUUAACAACUUAUUACCUAUUUAGGUUAGUGUUUUUAAGAAGUUUCAUUAAUAAACAAAUUUUGUUUACGAAAUAUUGAUAUUUUUCUUCAGACUUUUUUAAUUUAAGGUACUGAAAUCUUUUUUCAAAGAAUUUAUGUAUUGUAUCACAAUAUUUAUUUAGGUUUUUUCAUCCAAAUCCAAUUCUUGAGGACAAAUGA